CAAGCACUUCACAAGCUUCAUGUGUGACAUACCGACAAGCAUAUCCUUUGGGGCAGUCUAAAUUCACUUUCAUUAAUACUGCACCUGCAAAAACAUUGAAUGUUAAUAGUUUAGAUCAAAUCUCAUCAUGGAAAAA